AUGUCGUAUCAAGACGCAUUGAAUUAUACCGGUCUAAAAAAGUUAAGUACACGUAGACAUAAUUCAUGCGAACAAUUUAUCCGGAAAUUGAAGCUUGACAAUGGUUCUAUAAAUCUUCCUAAGGAUGUUGUUGCCUCUCGUAUACAUCCAACUACUCCUAAUAUAAUCUUAGGUCCGAAUCAAGCUG